UCGGACGGAGAAGCAGGCAGCAGAGGAAGGGGCGGUGUGCCUGCCCUUCUUGCUCUCCUCGCCAUCUUCGACGGCGACGGCCUCGUCAGGGCCGUGUCCGGUAGGGAUGGAGGAGCCGUCGCUGAACCAGCUCGGCGUCGUCGUUUCACCCGCCGACGCCACGGCCAUGGUGGCACGCGCUCGUCGACUUCCAAGAAGCCCCUAUGCGGCUCUAUUCCAAAGCGGAGGAAACAGCAGCAGAAAUGAUAGAUGAGGAAGAUGUUGUUCAAGAUGCGACAUCCGGUGAUUCAGUAGAUGAUGAUGACGAAAUCCGCAAUGGAACCUGCAAGAGAAAAUCAAAGAACAAAGACAGUGUUUUGGAUGAUGUCCAUGAAAUGGGGAAAAACAAGGUGUCUGAUGGCAAUAACAACAACGGAAGAAGGAAGAGGUCCAAGGUAUGGUCACACUUUAAUCCGGUGUUGAUGGGACAUACAACAUGCAAGCAUUGUGGAAGUAAACUUAGUGCAGGAGGUAGAAACGCAACAACUACACAUUUGUGGCGGCAUGUGAAACGUUCCUGCCCUAAUGCCCCUCUUAGCUUCAGACAAACCCUAGUGCAGCAAGGAGGCUGUACUGAAAAUUCAGUACAAAUUCCUGGUCCAUCGACAGAAGUGUGUCACAGUUCGGUUCAUUCCAGAGGAGCAACAUCAUUCCAGAGCUUGGGCUGUUUUUGCCUGGCACUUCAGAGAAGAUCCUCACUGUUUUUCAGCAAGAGAGGUUGAGACUGAAGGAGAAAAUAGCAUCUACACCUGGGGGAGUUUUCCUGUCAGUUGGUAGGUGGGAAAUUGAUGGUAAAUACUUUCUGUAUUUAACAGUGCAUUUUAUUGAUGAAGGAUGGCGAAUGAACAGGAUUGUUAUCAGAUGUUGCUUAUCUGCAAUCGAAGACUACCCUGCCAAUUACUACUUAAGCAUGUUUCCUGACUGUAAAAACUUCUUGCGUGUAAGAGAUGGUGAAAUCGUCACCAGUAUGACUGUAGAAGCAAUCAACUACUGGGGUAUUGAGCAUAAGCUUUUAGGAGUAACAGUAAUGGAGGGAGUGGGUAAUUCUAUUUUGGAUAUACAGGAAUUGGAGAACAAUGUUGAAGUGCAGAACUAUCUUCUGGGCAGAUGCAGACUAUUGACUAUUCCUUGUAUGGCAGAGUGGCUUCAUGAUCUCUUUGGUUUUGAACUCAGUGAACUUGUUCUGGGAACAAGUCUGGCCUGGUUUGGCUACAUGACAUGCUCUCCACUUUGUAAGCAAAAAUAUCAACAAGUUCGAUCACAGCUGCACCUCAACCCACCCUCUCUUGGGUCACGAAAAUGGUACUUGACAUUCUACUUAUUGGAAGCUGCCUUGUUGUUCGAUAGAACAGCUCCAAAUGUUGAACAAACUGACCCUCAACUGUUUACACAUAAACCAUCUUCGGAUAAGGUGCAAGCAAUGGAAAUCUUCUGUAAGAUCGCAAGGUCAAUUUAUCAGGCAAUCAAAGUAGUUUCAAGCCCUCAGUAUGUCUUCAAUUCGUAUUUCCACGUCUUGUGGAGUGUGAGGACAACUCUGCAGGAAUUAUCGACAGUGAGAAAUAUCGAGCGCAUUGUCGAUGUGGGCAAAAUGCAGGAAAACUUUGACAGGCAACGGAGAAGGGUGUAUGUGUGGUUGUCCAUGGCUGUUGUUCUGGAUCCCAGAUAUCACAUCAAUUUUAUCGAGCAACGUUUCAGGCAAGCUUUUGGUAAUGAUGCUUACAUGUACAUAAGUGAAGUGCGUGGGAAGCUUUUUGAGCUGGUCAUGCAUUACUCCUGCCAUGUCAAUCAGCAAAAUAUUAAUACAUAUAGCCAGAUGAUGGAUAUUCUACUGUCAAUUAUGAGUGGUACUAAAUCACAAAACGAAACAAAUCAGAUUUUAAAUGGGAACACAGGACAAGAUGGUUUCAGAGAAAUAUGCCAGUUUUAGGAACUUUCUAUAGCCGUUUUAGGAACUUCCUUUCUGCCCCCAUCCUCACACUUUCUUCUCCAUGUCGUGCAGCAGGAAAUGAACAUCAGAGGCGCCUCAGUCUGAGAUGAUUCGUUCACCACCUUUGGAGGGUGCUUUCCUUCUGGUUAGUAUUGGUUCAGCUACAUCGCAAGAAUGGAAUUACCUAUUAUCCGUACAGUAAUAUAUAUGUGAAAUCUUCUCAAAUGAUCAAUUUUCUCCCAAAUAUAUGAAUAUAUGGUGAUUUAGC